GCCCUCCCUCAUUCCUCUUCAGUCUGUUUUUAGGAGCACCCAUCAUAUGAAAAAGAUUUGUCUGUCUGCAGGGACCCAACUCUUCAAGUUCAGUGUUGAGACUCUUAGCCUGGACCAUGGGGAGCUCCUUUACAAUACAUAAUAAGACUCCCUAUGCCUUUCACGACUCUAGUGUGGGUAGAGGGGGUGUUCAUACAGUGCAUGGCCAUAGCACAGGAAAGUACUUACAUCCAAUACCUCCAUUCAAUUCUGAGGGCCUCCGUUUUAGAUAUGGAGAUCACCCAGAGUGGGACCUCAGGUGUGCAGGUCACAGUGCUCCGUACACCUUAAGAGAAAGCGAUGAUGGUGAAAAAAUUGAACUGGUCAAUGAAAGACUGAAUGUCAUUGCUGACUGCUGUGCAAACUUUGGAAGAAUUGAUGACCAGAAACAAGAGUAUGAGAGAUGCCAACAACAGAAGAAACGCAGGAAAAUAGAAGAUGAGACGAGGCGGCAGGCAGCGCUUCACCGGAAGAGGACAAUCCAAGAGCAGAUUGAAAAGGAGAAUAAAAAACUGAGGGAACUGCUUUCUGAAGCACACGACAGGCUUCAGCUGGAGAUAAACCUCAAAGCCCAGGAGCAUUACCACCAGCAGCACUCUCAAGUCCUGCAUGAGCUUGUGGCAGAGGAGCACGGAAUAGAAAGGGAUGAGGUCACUGAUGUUAAUGACAAGUUUAAAGAACUAUUAUCAAAGUAUGACAUCAGAGAGGAUCAAAAUGUGAAGAUUCCACUGAAAAACAGGAUGAAAACUCUCCAAAAUGAGCUGACAUUACAAUAUUUUAAAGAGCACCACAUCCCCACUUCAUUACAAUGGGCUUUGGAUCAGGCUACUGGAUAUGUGAACCUGUCUCUGACUGAGCGGUUCAACAUUCUGAAGUCAGUUGUGAAGUUGACCUUAGAUGGUGACUCUGAUAUUAAAUGUUUCCUCACGACUGGACAAGACAGGAAGACUGAGUUCCUCUUCAAUUUGCAGGAACAGCUACAAGCUAAAAAUCCAACACUGGCCAGACAGGUGUUAGCAAAUGUUCUGGAUCUGUCCUCAAAGCUGUCCCAAUCAUGUAAGGAGAUCCUCUGUCACAUAGUCUUCAACAACAUCUGGACACCAAAAGAAAUCAGGCUUUUCAUUAGACAGACCUCGAGAGUGGAUCAGGAAACAGUCGCAAAAAUCCUCCACAAAGCGUGCACCUACAGGCUGAGCUGUAACGACGCUCUCUCUGCCCUGAAAAAGAAAAAUCCUGUAGACUACAUCCAACAUUGUGUGGACAGAGCUGAGCAUGACAAAGAUGCUGACACACUAUUGGCUGAACUGGAAGACAAAAACUAUCCAGAGUGUAUCCUGUCACUCCUGCGAAAAGUCCUGACGUAUAUUGAAGAAGAGCUACCCAAAUAUGUAAGUAAGCCCAUUAAGGCGAAGAAGAUUGAAGAUUGUAAAAAGAUAAUAAAUUCUCUUGACUUUAACAAUCAUAAGAUUGAUGCUCUGAAGAAAGUCCUGAUGAUCAUAUCCAGAGCUGUAAAGGAAUGCACCACCUUUACCACUCAAAGCGGUGAACAAGUUCAGGGCUACUUCCCAAGACUCAGUCAGCUGGCCUCACUGCUGCUACUCCUGUUGCCACAGUCUGGGGAUAAAAAAGGUAGUCUGUUGGAAAUUGGCACCGGAGAGGGCAAAACUUGUAUUUUAGCCAUGUUUGCUACAAUACAGGCCACACGAGGCGUAAAGGUGGACAUUGUGACAAACUCUUCUUUGUUAGCAAGUCGUGAUCAGGAUGAGUGGAGAAAAUUAUAUGAUAUGUUUGGUAUUACAUCAUCCACGGUGCCUCCAACACACAUCGAUAACUGCUCUUUUAAAGAUCAUGACAAGCUGCUUGAGGAUGCAUACAGCCUGCAGGUCGUUUAUGGUACAGUUGGUACCUUUGCAGCAGAUAUACUGAGGCAAGAGUUUGAGAAGAAGACUACUCGAGGUCUGAGGGGGUUUGAAUGUGUGGUAGCAGAUGAGGUGGACUACAUGACACUAGACUGUGGAGUGCAGGUCACAUAUCUGUCAGACCAAGCCCGUAGCCUAAGACACGUGGAGCAAGUCCUGGCAAGUAUCUGGGCCAUGAUGUCUGCCUGCUGGCCAAUAGAAAUGUUUGAAACGGGGGAGAUCAGGUGGGGAACCAGGAUCCAGCACUUCCACAAGGCUGUAAUGCAAGCAGUGGUUGGCUCAGAAUCAGAAGAUUUUUCAGUAGCUGACCUACUGAUGCUUGGUGCACAGCUGGGGUUUUAUUCACAGGAGGACGUGGAUGAAUUAAAUAAACCAGAGGGUCAGACACAAACAGAGACUGACAGCUUUAAGGAUUCCAAGUGGACAGCCACAGAGAACAUCAUGGCAAACAUUGGACCGGAAGAACAGUGUAAGCUUCUGAGACAACUUGAGACAAAAAUAGAAAACAAUGUGUCUGUAGAUUGUUACUCACUAAUUGACAACAAAGCCAAACUUUACAGGAAGGACAGCUCUCAUAGAGACCCUGAUGUCAGCCUGCUUCUCCUGGAGAAUGGCGGUGCCUGUGAAAUCAUGUCAGAGGAAUCCCUCGUCCAAGGAGCUGUGGACAAAUUAAAAUCAACAAUUAAAUAUUCUGACCAGUGUUCUGUGAAAUCAUUGGAUGAAUGUAAGGGAUUUAUCAUCGUCCCUUCAUUUUUGAAAACUUACAUUGAGAAUCGGUUACCACUUUUUGCAGAGAAUGGCUUAAAAGCCAUUAGAAUGACUCCGGGAAGAGAGUACAUGAUUGAAAAAGCACCUGAAGCUGACACUGGUGGUUUCAGUGAUGCUGAUAGUCAUCAGUAUGAUGCCAUUAUUCCUGUGGACUUUGAGGCCAGUGGGAUGUUGGAGAAAAACAAGCGAUGGGGUGAGGGCCUACAACAGUUUCUGGAGAUGAAGCACCAGCUGGCCAUUUCACAGCUGUCCAAUGUGACAAAUUACAUGUCCAAUGUCCAUUUCUUUAAAAGGUACCUCAGUGGAAAAGGUAUUUUUGGUGUUUCUGGGACACUGGGGGAUGAAGCUGAGAAAAUAUUUCUAGAACGGCAUUACAAAACAGCAAGCUAUGUCAUUCCAGCUCACCGCCAUAAAAAGCUUGUUGAGUUGCCAGCAGUUCAGGUGAGUGGAGGCAGCACUCAGUGGAUCCAGGUGAUCUGUGAAACUGCACAGAGAGCCGCAGACAGAGGGCAAGUUGUUUUGAUCAUUUGUGAAGAUGUCAACACUGCAGAUGAGCUGAAGACAAAAAUGGAUCUUCCAGAAAGAGAAGCCAGUGAGAUCACCAUGUACACAAUCAGUGAGAAGCACAACAUCGAGAAACAAAACUUUAGCCGGGGAAACAUUAUAAUUGCUACAAACCUCGGUGGCCGAGGUACAGACAUUAAUGUUCAGCAGGACGUAAAUGAGUGUGGAGGUCUCUUUGUGCUCCUCACAUACUUUCCUAGAAGUCACCGUGUGGAGCAACAGGUCUUUGGACGCACUGCCCGGAAAGGAAACCCAGGGAUGGUCCAGAUGGUUCUCAACCAGGGCCAUCUUGCACCAGCAUACCAAGGCCAUUCAAUCGAAACCAUGAGGCAUCUCAGAGAGGAGUAUGAGCUCAGACAUUUAGACAGCAUGGAGAAAUAUAAGUGUGACAUUGAAAUUAAAGAAGCUCUCUUCUCCACAUUUUGUGAAUUUCUGUGUGACUUUGACAAGAAUUACACGGUGGAAGAAAGGAGUGACCUGUCCAAGGUGAAGCUGAAGGAUGUUCCUGAAUAUUUUAAGAUCCACCAGAACAAGUUUGACUAUCAGACUGCACUGAAUGCUUUGAAAGAAUCGUGGGCUUUGUGGCUCAUCCUUCAUGAAGAGCACAUCAGCAGACAUGACGAUAUCAGCAAGCUGAGAGAAGACCUCUCCAAAGACUUGAAGAAGACUGGUGACUUCCUCCUGCAGGGGACCAGCUGUAAUUUCUAUGAUUACAUCAAACAGGCAACAAGCAGAACUGAGCUGCACUGCAUGAACAAAACUAAAUGUGACUUUGGAGCAAAGACUUACUGGCAGAAAGCUGCAGAGUGUGAUCAUUUCUACAGUGCUGUGGCGCUUUAUAAUCAAGCUUACAUCACACUAAACCUCAGAAAAGGAGACUACAGUCCUCUCUGCUGGUCUGGUAUCAAGCCGGCACUGCUGGCUGACUUCUGGCAUGACAAGACGUAUGCCAUCCAGAUAUGGGCCAGGCCUUGUAUAGAUGGGACUGUCUAAGUGAUGGCAUGCCACAUCUGGCUAGAUUGUGUGUUUUGGUCAUGUGGGCCCAGGCUAAUAGAAAACAGGUCUGGCCCGGAUCUGGCAUCAAGCUGGCACUUCUGACUGCCUGAUGUCAUGGCAGAGUGUAUG